GUUGAUUAGCUAUUUUAGUCCCAUGUCCUCAACACGUGCUAGAUUGACGAAAGAUAACAGCUUCCUGAAUGUUGUCCUCCGCUACAAGGCUUGCGAUAAACAGCAUACACUGAAAUGCUCCCCCGCGUGUUACUGUGCGGUGAGAUUGAGUAUGUCCAGGACGAGGUCAAGGAGAUAUUUCAUGGGAUCGCUGAAGUUGUACAUCUGGCUUCUGACUCUCGUUCUCAUUUCCUCUCCUCAUUCGGGCCCGAUGGGCCGUAUGAAGGGACUAUCGCCUUGUACAGGCGCAACACAUCUUCUGAAGUCAUAGGAAAAUUUGACGCACCAUUAAUACACGCUCUAGCUGAUACGAGCAUGGUCCGCUGGAUCGCUCAGAGUGGCGGUGGUUACGAUGAAAUCGAUGUGCAAGCCUGCAAAGAACGAGGAAUAAUGGUGUCGAACACUCCACGAGCGAACGAGGAUGCCACUGCCACUGCCACUUUAUACCUUAUGCUAUCGUGCCUACGACAUUUCUCGAUGGCAGAACGAUCCCUUCGCUCUGGUACAUGGAAGAUACCCUAUAAUGCGGCACAAAGUCGUGACGUUACUGGGCGCACGCUUGGUAUCUUGGGCUUAGGUGGCAUCGGUCUGAGAUUCGCUCACCUUGCACACGCCUUUCCAAUGCGCAUCAUAUACUUCUCACGAAGGAAGGCAGAAUCCGCACCAGAGUGGUGCGAAUAUGUCUCAAGCGUGGAGGAGCUGUGCAAGCAGGUUGACAUACUGAGCCUACAUGUCCCUCUUAACCAGUCCACAGCUGGUAUGAUUGGAGAGAAGGAGAUCAGGACCCUGCAACGGGGUAGUAUUCUUCUCAAUACGUCACGAGGACGAAUAAUGGACCAAGAGGCGAUGAUACGAGCACUGGAGGACGGUCAUCUUUCAUCAGUUGGCUUAGAUGUAUACCCCGAUGAACCGCGCGUAGAUCCGCGCUUAUUGACCUUCCCACGAUGUGCACUUCUGCCCCAUGUUGGGGGAGAGUCAGCAGAGUCAUGGAGGACAAGAGAACUGCAAGCAUUGGGAAACUUGAAAGCUUUUGUACUAGGUGGCGUUGGGGAAGAUAUCGUCCCUGAGCUGAAGACAAGAUUCGGCAGCUCGACUACCCUGUAAUCGCUAGCAGCAGGCUGAACAAGAUCAUCGCAAGUUAGAAGGACCAGCUGCUUGAAUUAUAGAAUGUGGCUCGUAUAAGGGAAGAAAAGACCGAUCACUGUUGAAGCCAGAUCAUUCAGCCUCAAGUGCUGUCGAAGAAACCUGCAAUGCUCACAAGUAGACUUUAGAAAUGCAUCCUAUACAACAUAUGUCUGAACAGACCCCACUUAGUUUAACAAAGUUAUAACAUAUUUCGCACCGAUGCAUCAUUUCCGGAAUCCAUAUGUUACUGUUGUUUCAUUGUAUGUUGUACCCGCACGAGGUACUUUGCGAAACAUUCAAUGAGGAUUUUGGCACUGG